UGCUGUGUUUGGUGUUGACUGGCAUUUGUAAUUCACGGUGUAAAUACUGGGAUUUAUUUUGGAUAUCAAUACAUUUGGAGCAUUCGCACCUUGUCGACAGUCACCCUAAAACAUCCAGGAUGAUUCCGACCGAGGAUGCGUCUGCUAGAAAGCGGGAGAUAGAGGAGAAACUGAAGCAGGAGCAAGAUACUCUGGCAUUUAUUCGUGAGAACUUGGAGAAGAGUGACCAGUUAACAAAAGGAAUGGUGUCCAUUCUGUCGUCGUUCGAGAGUCGCCUGAUGCAGCUGGAGAACUCCAUCAUUCCGGUGCACAAGCAGACGGAGAACCUGCAGAGGCUUCAGGAGAACGUGGACAAGACCUUGUCCUGCAUGGACCACGUCAUCAGCUACUACCAUGUGGCCAAGGACACCGACAAGAUCAUCAGAGAAGGGCCCACAGGGCGACUGGAUGAGUACCUGGCCUGUAUUGCCAAGAUACAGAAAGCUGUGGAGUACUUCCAGGACAACAACCCCGACAGCCCAGAACUCAACUUAGUGAAAGCGCGGUUCGAGAAGGGCAAGGAGAGUUUGGAGGCGGAGUUCCGGAGUCUGCUGACACGCUACAGCAAGCCGGUCCCGCCCAUCCUGAUCCUGGAUGCGAUCGGAUUGGACGAGGAGCUGGAGGUGCAGGAGGAGGUGACGCUGGAACACCUGCCUGAGGCCGUUCUGCAGGACAUCAUCAUCAUAUCAGGAUGGCUCGUGGAGUACGGACGAAACCAGGACUUCAUGAACGUCUACUUCCAGAUCCGCUCCAGCCAAUUGGAUCGCUCCAUAAAGGGUCUGAAGGAGCACUUCCGCAAGAGCAGUGCCUCGUCAGGCAUCCUCUACUCCCCCGCCGUGCAGACCAAACGCAAGGACACCCCCACCAAGAAGGCCCCCAAGCGACCAGUCUACAUCCCAGGGACCAUCCGCAAGGCUCAGAACCUUCUCAAACAGUACUCUCAGCAUGGGCUGGAUGGCAAAAAGGGUGGCGCUAACCUCACGCCUUCCGAAGGUCACGAUUAUGACCUGCGUGUGAAACACCUGAGUGAUGCCCUGAAUGACAAGCACGGGGCGAGUGCAGGGAAAGACGAUGUCCUGGACAUUGAGAUCGAUUCGUACAUCCACUGCAUCAGCGCCUUCGUCAAGCUGGCCCAGAGCGAGUAUGCGCUGCUCUCCGAGAUCAUUCCGGAACACCACCAGAAGAAGACCUUCGACUCCCUCAUACAGGAGGCCUUGGACAACCUGAUGCUGGAGGGGGAUAACAUCGUCUCGGCGGCUCGCAAGGCGAUCCUGCGUCACGACUACUCCGCUGUGCUCAGCAUCUUCCCCAUCCUGCGGCACCUCAAGCAGACCAAGCCAGACUUUGACUCCACUCUACAGGGCACAGCUGCCAGCACCAAGAACAAGCUGCCCACCCUCAUCACCUCCAUGGAGACCACGGGAGCCAAGGCCCUGGAGGAGUUUGCAGACAGCAUCAAGAAUGACCCUGAUAAGGAGUACAACAUGCCAAAGGAUGGAACCGUCCAUGAACUGACCAGCAAUGCCAUCCUCUUCCUGCAGCAGCUGCUAGACUUCCAGGAAACAGCUGGAGCCAUGUUGGCUUCACAAGUCCUCGGGGACACUUACAAUAUACCUUUAGACCCCCGAGAGACAAGCUCCUCCGCCAGCAGUUACAGCUCUGAGUUCAGCAGACGACUCCUCAGCACAUACAUCUGUAAAGUUCUGGGCAACUUACAACUGAACCUCCUCAGCAAAUCUAAAGUGUAUGAAGACCAGGCCCUCAGUGCCAUAUUCCUCCACAACAACUAUAACUACAUCCUCAAGUCUUUGGAGAAGUCUGAGCUGAUCCAGCUGGUGGCGGUGACUAAUAAGAAAGUGGAGAGUUCUUAUCGGGAGCUGAUACAACAGCAAAUUCAGGUCUACCAGCGCAGCUGGUACAAAGUCACAGAGCACCUGACUGAUCGGAACAUGCCCGCAUUUCAACCUGGCACUAAGUUAAAAGACAAAGAACGACAAGCAAUCAAAGACAAGUUCAAGGGCUUCAACGAGGGUCUGGAAGAGCUGUGUAAGAUCCAGAAGGGCUGGGCCAUCCCAGAUAAGGAACAGCGAGACUUCAUACGACACGCCCAGAGGAGAGUGGUGUCAGAGGCGUACAAGGCCUUUCUACAGAGAUAUGCCAACAUCUCCUUUACAAAAAAUCCAGAGAAGUAUCACAAGUAUCGCCCGGACGACGUGGAGGAUAUGAUCGAGAGGCUCUUCGACACCUCGGCUUGACGGCCUCCAUAGGUUGCCAUAGAAACCACCCCACCGCUUUUUGCACAUCGCUACGCUAACGUCAACCUCCAGCCUGUAUAGGACACCUUGGAAAUCUCCAUUUAUGUGUUUUGUCUUGCUUUAUUUUCUUUCAUUUUCUUUUUUGUAUAGUCACUAUUUAUGUAAAUUCCACAUGUGCCCUUUGGUUCAAUACACUAAUUGAAUAAACACAGAGAUGAUGA